GAGAAGGAAAGAGAGAGAUAGAGAAAAUGUGACUGUAGUACAUGUGUGUGUGACUUGUGGUGUGGGUGUGACUUGUGAUUCUGGACUGCUGCUGCCCCCUGUAUUUGGCAUGAACUUUGCACAGUGAUCGGUGAUUUGUUUGCAGAGGAACCUAGUUCGCACAUUUUCGUCCACCUGAAUUGAAGGGAAUUUCUUCAAAAUGUCGGAAUCAUCGGAAAACCAAAGUCAAACCAAAACUAGCCCCAUAAAAUAUUUUAUCUCAGGUGGUUUUGGAGGUGUCUGCACAGUACUUAGUGGUCAUCCUUUGGAUACCAUUAAAGUUCGUCUACAAACUAUGCCUAAACCUGCUCCAGGCCAAUCGCCUAUGUAUGCGGGAACUUUCGAUUGCUUAAGCAAAACGGUCAAGCAGGAGGGCGUGAAGGGGUUAUACAAAGGGAUGGCUGCUCCUUUGACCGGCGUCGCCCCCAUCUUUGCCCUCAGUUUCUUUGGAUUUGGUCUUGGCAAGCGACUUCAACAGUCAUCAGAAGGAGAGGACUUGUCACUCAUUCAACUUUUCUACGCUGGAGCAUUUUCUGGAGUUCUUACUACUGUUAUUAUGUCUCCUGGAGAACGAAUCAAAUGUCUGCUACAAAUUCAACAGGCUGGUACAGGACCUGCAAAAUAUGCAGGUCCGAAAGACUGUGUAAGGCAGCUUUACAAAGAAGGAGGUCUUCGCAGUAUCUACAAGGGGACUGUGGCCACUCUACUUAGAGACGUUCCCGCCAGUGGCAUGUACUUUAUGUCUUAUGAUCUCAUCCAGCGUAGCUUAAAGAAAGAAGGACAAGAAAUUGGAUUAUUGUCUACAAUUUUUGCUGGUGGUAUGGCCGGUAUUGCUAAUUGGGCGGUUGGAAUGCCUGCUGAUGUUAUUAAAAGUCGCCUUCAAACUGCACCAGAAGGCACUUAUCCCAAUGGUAUCAGAGAUGUUUUUGGUAGCCUUCUCAAAGAAGAUGGACCUCGAGCGUUUUACAAAGGAGUUGUUCCUGUUAUGUUGAGAGCUUUCCCAGCAAAUGCUGCCUGUUUCAUUGGAUUUGAAAUUGCCAUGAAUGCCUUAAAUUUAGUAGCACCUAAUCUGUAGUGAGUGACUUUAAUGUACUAGUCCACAUGCAGUUUUAAAUCAGGCAUGACAGUUUUCACAUUAGUGUAAAGUCAUAUCUGCAUGCUUCAAAUAAACCAGUCAGGUAACAAUUUAAGAAAUUUUGUGAUCAUAAGAAUGGCUGUGCCUUGGGUACCUUUCAGUUAAAUGUCUUAUUGCCACCUUUAUGUCAAACAUCUCCCGUUUUGUUUUUUUUAUCAUGAACUUAACUGCUACUGUUGUUACGCUUUAGGUUAAACCUUGAAAGAGACUGUCCUUGCCUGUUGCUGUGAACUCUUUUAUAACUCGAAACCCUUACAAACAUGUGUGCAAGUGUAAGAGCCAAGGUGUUUCUCUUUAGGUCAGUAUUGAAAUGUGUUCUCAACAUAUAUAUUUUUACCUUUUUUUUUUAACUUUACCUAAGACGGGGACAUGCUGUUUGUUAAUAAUGUUUGUUAAUAAAUUAUAUUUUUGUAAUUGUUCUGUAUCUAAUAUUCCUAAAUGUCUGAUUUAUACUCUCAAAGUGCCUUUCAUUUUUUAAUCCAAUAUCUGUGUGUAUAUUGUAUCCGUUUCUGUCCAAUUUUCUUGCCUCUUACUUUUACCAGAGGGGUUUUAAGACACAAAGAUACUCAAGUCUGAUCUAAUUCUGUCUCAUUUUCGAUUGCAUGUACUUUAGUGAUUUCGCAUCUGAAGUGCUUGUUUUUAGUUGUGCCCUUUUGGCCCCUUGUAACCUACCUUCCUACUGUAUUAUUAACACACUAAUCAAGUCAAUGUCUUGUUAUAACUUGAGUCAAUCGUAUUUCUGUUCAAAUGGAAUUUUUCUUGUAUUUUAUAACACUGUUACAUUGGAAAUAAAUUUAAAACUAACUGUUGAAA